CCUCCCGUCCCUCCCCCUCCGGUGCCUCCCCCCGCUCCCAUUGGCCCCACGGCAGCCAUGGCCGCCAUCCGCAGCCUGCAGGGCUCGGUGGCGUUGGUGACCGGCGGUGGCUCCGGGCUGGGCCGGGCCACGGUGGAGCGGCUGCUGGAUCGUGGAGCGCGGGUGCUGCUGCUGGACCUGCCCGCGUCCGGCGGUGCCGAGCUGGCCCGGGAGCUGGGCGAGCGCUGCGCCUUCGCCGCCGCCGACGUGACCUCACCUGAGGAGGUGGGCGCGGCGCUGGGCGUGGCCCAGAAGAAGUUUGGCCGCCUGGACCUGGCGGUGAACUGCGCCGGCAUCGGCAUCGCCGUCAAGACCUACAACAGCAAGAAGGACAAAGUGCACGACCUGGAGGACUUCCAGAGGGUCAUCAACGUGAACCUGGUGGGCACCUUCAACGUGAUCCGCCUGAGCGCGCGGCUCAUGAGCCACAACCAGCCCGACGCCGACGGCCACCGCGGCCUCGUGGUCAACACCGCCAGCGUGGCCGCCUUCGAGGGACAGGUGGGCCAAGCCGCCUACUCGGCCUCCAAGGGCGGCAUCGUGGGCAUGACCCUGCCCAUCGCCCGCGACCUGGCCCCGCUGGGCAUCCGCGUGGUCACCAUCGCGCCAGGUAUGACACCUGGGACACCUGGGGACACC